AUGACCAAAGAGAAGCCUGAGCCCAUGCCGGCGGGAAAAUACUAUUCAAGUUUAUUGUCGGAAAUUAAUUCGAUUGGAUGGGACAAGUUGGAAACUCUUGACCCAUCUUUGAAAAGCCUGUUUCUGAAGCUAAGCGACUCAUCAGGUCGAAAACAUAGUAUCUUUGUAUUGCUACCAUUUUCCUACCCUCAUGCACCGCUUGAGGCGCGUGCGGACCUUCCGUCAACCUCAAAGGCCCCAAUUCCCGCUACCUGUCUUAAGGAUGUGGAAUUCGAAAAAUUUCAAGAGAUUUGGUCUAUGCUCGACGAUAUCGAUGCUAAUACUUGGGUGCUGGAACCCGAUAAACCGAAACGAAGCGAUUUGACGCGACGAAUUGCAUUAGGUAAUUAUUGUUCUCUACAAAUAGGGAUCGACGCGGAACAUCCACGGGAGGAAUGUCAGUACCAAUUGUUUGGCACAGAGAGUCUCAUCGAACCGUUACAUCUUAAAAUAGCAAAAAACUGGAAUAGCUGGGACACAAGGCUCACCGUCAGGCAAAACCUCGAGAAAAUAUUGGAAACGACAUUCCCUUCGCCUCAGAUCUCUUCAUCUUCUGAUAUUAAUUUUGACUGUGGCAUUUGUUAUUCUUACCGUUUCGAGGGCCAUGUACCAGAACAAUCGUGCAACAAUGUUAAAUGCGGAAAACCAUUUCACCGGGCGUGCUUAUAUGAGCUAUCCCUUCAACAAAAAGGAACUUCCAAACGCUUAUUGGGAAUUGUCCGUAUUGCGAUGAAGUAA